CGCCUCCUCCUGGGGCUAUAAACGUGCGGCCGGAGAGCCCAGCGAGUCGGGGAUCGCUUCGAGCCGUCGCGGAGUGGCCCUGCAGCCAUCGUCCCUGGUCGAAGAAGAUGCUGCCCAUCAGGAAGACCGCGAAACAGGGCAAAAGGGGUAUUCUAGAACGCUUGGAUGCUGGAGAAAUUGUGAUCGGAGAUGGGGGAUUUGUCUUUGCUCUUGAAAAGAGGGGAUAUGUAAAAGCUGGGCCUUGGACUCCUGAAGCAACUGUAGAACAUCCAGAAGCAGUUCGUCAGCUUCACCGAGAAUUCCUCAGAGCUGGAUCCAAUGUUCUGCAGACCUUCACCUUUUAUGCCAGUGAGGACAAACUAGAGAACAGGGGCAAUUAUGUAGCUGAGAAAAUAAGUUGCCGCAAAGUGAAUGAAGCUGCUUGUGACAUUGCAAGAGAAGUGGCUAAUGAAGGUGAUGCUUUAGUGGCUGGAGGAGUCAGUCAAACACCAUCUUACUUAAGCUGCAAGGAUAAAACAGAGGUUAAAGCAGCCUUUCAAAAGCAACUGGAAGUCUUUAUGAAGAAGAAUGUGGACUUCUUAAUUGCCGAGUAUUUUGAACAUGUUGAAGAGGCUGUCUGGGCAGUUGAAGUUCUAAAAGAAUCUGGAAAGCCAGUUGCAGCUACGAUGUGCAUUGGUCCAGAAGGAGACAUGCAUGGAGUGUCCCCUGGACAAUGUGCUGUCCAGCUGGUAAAGGCUGGUGCUUCUAUAGUUGGAGUCAACUGCCAUUUUGAUCCAGAAACUUCCAUCGAAACUGUGAGGCUGAUGAAAGAGGGCUUGCAGGCUGCUAAACUGAAAGCCCACCUGAUGUGCCAGCCACUUGCUUUCCAUACUCCUGAUUGUGGAAAGCAGGGAUUUAUUGAUCUUCCGGAAUUUCCCUUUGGUCUGGAGCCAAGAAUUGCCACUCGAUGGGACAUUCAAAAAUAUGCAAGAAAGGCCUAUGACUUAGGAAUUCGUUUCAUUGGAGGCUGCUGUGGAUUUGAGCCAUAUCAUAUCCGAGCAAUAGCUGAGGAGUUGGCUCCUGAAAGAGGAUUUUUGCCAGAAGCUUCUGAGAAACAUGGUAGCUGGGGUGAUAACCUGAGCAUGCAUACCAAACCCUGGGUCAGAGCAAGGGCAAGAAAAGAAUACUGGGAGAAUCUGAAGCCUGCUUCUGGCAGGCCAUAUUGUCCUUGCAUGUCAAAGCCAGAUGGCUGGGGAGUGACCAGAGGAGCCAAGGAGCUGAUGCAACAGAAAGAAGCAACAACUGAACAACAGCUGAAGGAGCUUUUCCAGAAGAAGUUCUAAUCCACUGCAGUUAUAUAAAUCUUAAAAUGAUUUACCUACAGACCAUCUCAUGCUUCAGAAGAAAAUUUGUGAAGAUGAAUACUGUGUUGAUUUAUUAGUUAAAAUGCAAUGAAAGAGAGAAAAUGCAGAAAAAAUGUGAUUACAUAGUAAAUAUGUCUAACAUUGAUAAUAAAAUCCUUCUCUGGACAAAUAGCUUAGAGAAUACACAGUCAAAAGUAAUUUUGGAUUCUGGUAAUAAUUGAGCUUUUGUUAGCUGAGUGCCAUUAAUUAGGUUGACACAGAAAUACCUGUAAAGUAAUAACUGGCUCAACUCACCUGUGAAAAAAGAAAAAGCCAUCUAUAAAUACAGUGUCAAUGGACUUCAA